AUGUAUGGGAAAAGAACAGCAGUCAAGCCGUGGAUACCGAACGUAUUACCCUCAGAAUCGGCAUCCAUGGCUCCGUCAACCCGAACGGCACCAUCCCAGCACUCGCAUAAUACCUGCACCAUUCCUGGCAUGGCAUCUCGGCAUGAUCAGAGCCGAUCCCAGGCAAUACGACAACAUCCAGAACUGAGGAAGUUGCCGUCAGUGCCGCAAUCACCUGCCGAGCUGCCACCACCAUACACCACUGGAAACAAUAGCAUCAUCCAAGGGUGGGCGCAACCGCCUGAUGGCGGGAUUCCGACCCCAACAACCUCCAUUCCCAAAAUCUACAGACAACAGAUGAAGGAACACAAGCUGGCCAGAAAAACGACGAUAGAUUAUUUCACCAGACUAGAACAACUCGGUACACUCACUGGGGUACGGGACGAUACUACCGACACCAGAUACAUGGUCGAAUGUAUCAAGACAGGAUUACCACCCAUCUAUCUUACGACAAUCCUAAACAAAGAACAGUAUAUCCCGAGUAGUUACGACGAAUGGAAGGGCUGA